AUGGCUAUAUAUGGCAUUACAUGGGUAAAAAUGGCUAUACAUAGUAAUACAUUGCAAUAUAUGGCAUUACAUGGCUAUACAUGGCUAUACAUGGCUAUACAUGGUAAUACAUGGCAAUACAUGGCAUUACAGGGGUAUACAUGGCUAUACAUGGCUAUACAUGGUUAUACAUGGUAUUACAUGGUGAUACAUGGUAAUACAUAGCAAUAGAUGGCUAUACAUGGCUAUACAUGGUUAUACAUGGUAAUACAUGGCUAUACAUGGCAAUACAUGGCUAUACAUGGUAAUACAUGGCAAUACAUGGCAUUACAUGGGUAUACAUGGGUAUACAUGGUAAUACAUGGCAAUACAUGGCUAUACAUGGUAAUACAUGGUAAUACCUGGCAUUACAUGAGUAUACAUGGCUUUACAUGGCUAUACAUGGCAAUACAUGGCGAUACAUGGUAA